CCGUGAUUGGCAGUGGGAGGUGGGUGGGGCUUCCAUUGUUGAUGUCACCGUGGGUUGACGAACCCCGCCUCCCGAGCGGCCAAUCAGAGCGUGGGAUGCCAGUGACAUAUAGUGAACGGGGAAAUCCAGAGAGAGGGAUCACUGAGACACACACGUUCCCAGAGAGACAGAUCUCUCCCUCCCUCACUCCCAGACUGAGAGAGAGAGAGAGAGAGAGAGAGAUGCCUGCGAUGGACACCGCGAAGGGAUAUUCUUAUGACCAGUACAAGACGACAGCUGAUUGGCUGCUCGCACGGACUAAUCAGAAACCUACUGUUGCUAUAAUCUGUGGGUCCGGGUUAGGGGGUCUCGCUGAUACCCUGAAGGAUCCUGUCUGUUUCAAGUACACCGAUAUUCCCAACUUCCCUCACAGCACAGUGAAGGGACACGCCGGGCGCUUGGUGUUUGGAUCGCUGAGCGGGACGCCCUGCGUCUGUAUGCAGGGACGCUGCCAUCUCUACGAAGGGCACCCUGUCUGGAAGAUGACAUUCCCAAUCCGUGUUUUCCUCCUCAUGGGGGUGGAGACCCUGAUCGUCACCAACGCAGCGGGCGGUCUCCAUCCGGAUUACAAGGUCGGAGACAUCAUGUUGAUCAAGGAUCACAUCAACCUGCCCGGAUUGGCUGGGAUCAACCCACUGGUGGGACCCAACGAUGAGAGGUUCGGUGAGCGAUUCCCGUGUAUGUCCGAUGCCUACGACAGUGUUCUGAGGCGAUUGGCGAGUGAGGUUGCCCAGGACCUGGGUUACGGUGCCAUCCUGCGCGAGGGGGUAUACUGCACCGUUGGGGGACCCUCAUAUGAGACCAUCGCAGAGUGUCGCAUGCUGCGGAUCAUCGGGGCAGACGCAGUCGGCAUGAGCACCAUCCACGAGGUGAUCACUGCCCGUCAUGGCGGUCUCCGCGUCCUGGGUCUCUCAUUGGUCACUAACAAGGUGGUGAUGGAGUACGACAGCACAGAACGAGCCAAUCAUGAGGAGGUGCUGCAGACUGGCAAACAGAGUGCCACCAUCUUGGAGAAAUUGGUCACCCACAUUGUGGGCAGAAUGGCCUGCCAGAGUGCCUAGGGCACUGGCUGUCACCCCUCCCCACCCCCAACCCAUCCACAUCCCCCCCCUCCCCCACACCCCCCCGUAUCUCCCCACCAAUUCCCCCUCCCCACCCCCUGCCAAAGAUUUGGGACCACUUCAAUCUGAUAAAGGGAACCCUUCAGAUCAUGGAGGGGCUGCUGUCAUCCGAGCGGCCAAUCAGGGCUGACUCUCUGGCAAGGAUCUCCUGGGUCCCUCUCCAUCCCUCACAAAAUCGCCCCCGCCCCCAUUCCCCCCUCCCCCAGCUGCCAGCCCCACCUUGGGCUCCCAUUGGCUGUUGUCAACACCUGGUGGCCAUGUUCCAGGAUCUGUAGACCCUGGGAUCUAUUGGUUUUUAUGAUUAGAGCCUGGGAUCUGUUGGUCAGUGAGGGAUAAACCAUUAGAUCUGUUGGUUUGUGAUGUAGACACUGGGCUCUGUUGGUUUAGUAUGAUGUGACCCUGGGAUCUGUCAUCCAUUGAGGUAGACCCUGGGAUCUGUCGUCCAUUGAGGUAGACCCUGGGAUCUGUUGGUGAGUGAGGGAUUGACCCUGGGAUCUGUUGGUUAAGUAUGGUAUAGUCUGGGAUCUGUUGGUUAAUCCGGGUGGACGCUGGGAUCUGUUGGUUAAUCCGGGUGGACGCUGGGAUCUAUUGGUUAAUCCAGUUGGAUGCUGGGGUCUAUUAGUUAAUCCAGUUGGACCCUGGGAUCUAUUGGUUAAUCCAGUUGGAACCCGGGAUCUGUUGGUUAAUCCGGGUGGACGCUGGGAUCUGUUGGUAAAUCCAUUUGGACCCUGGGAUCUGUUGGUUAAUCCACUUGGACCCUGGGAUCUGUUGAUCAUUGCAGUAGGACCCCACCCCGCUGCAAGCUCCCCCUCCUUCCCCAUCCCGACUCGGAACUAUAUCGGCCAUUCCUUCCCGGGUCGGAAUUCUCUCCCUGAGGGAGAUUGUGGGUCUGCCCUACAGCACAUGGACUACAGCGGUUCAAGAAGGCAGCUCACCUCUCCCCCCAACCGCCCCCCCCUCCCCCCAGUACCUUCCCAAGGGGCAACUAGGGAUGGGAGGGGUUGAAUAAAUGACAGGCCCACACAUCUCCAUUCUCUGCUUUUCCAAAGUUGGAACCUCUUGCAUCAAUCUGUUGGGAGAGAUCCUGUUGAUCUACUGCAGACUAUCGCUCACAUUCUCUGACUAGAUCAGACACAUUGUUCAGAUCCUUCCAACUGGGCAAACUCUGGCUGUGUAUUUAUUUAUAUUCUUAUUUAAAAGGCUGUGUAUAUUUUGUCUUUUGCACUAGAACAGAAAUCCAGCGAGCAGGCAAUUAUAGAUCUGUCUAGAAGCUUGGAACAACAUUCAUGUAAUGCAGUAUGUUCGCUCAGGGAGAUAUCUGUACACUGACUGGUGUCUCUCAGUCCCCUCUCUCUCUCAGGGAGAUAUCCGUACACUGACUGGUGUCUCUCAGUCCCCUCUCUCUCUCAGGGAGAUAUCUGUACACUGACUAGUGUCUCUCAGUCCUCCCUCCCUCUCAGGGAGAUAUCUGUACACUGACUGGUGUCUCUCAGUCCCCUCUCUCUCUCAGGGAGAUAUCCGUACACUGACUGGUGUCUCUCAGUCCCCUCUCUCUCUCAGGGAGAUAUCUGUACACUGACUAGUGUCUCUCAGUCCCCUCUCUCUCUCAGGGAGAUAUCUGUACACUGACUAGUGUCUCUCAGUCCUCCCUCCCUCUCUCAGGGAGAUAUCUGUACACUGACUGGUGUCUCUCAGUCCUCCCUCCCUCUCUCAGGGAGAUAUCUGUACACUGACUGGUGUCUCUCAGUCCUCCCUCCCUCUCUCAGGGUGAUAUCCGUACACUGACUGGUGUCUCUCAGUCCCCUCUCUCUCUCAGGGAGAUAUCUGUACACUGACUGGUGUCUCUCAGUCCCCUCUCUCUAUCAGGGAGAUAUCCGUACACUGACUGGUGUCUCUCAGUCCCCUCUCUCUCUCAGGGAGAUAUCCGUACACUGACUGGUGUCUCUCAGUCCUCCCUCCCUCUCUCAGGGAGAUAUCUGUACACUGACUAGUGGCUCUCAGUCCUGUCUCUCUCUCACUCACAGGGAGCUAGCUGUUCACUGGCUGGUGACUCUCAGACACCUCUCUGUCCUUGGGCGAGGUUGACAUCUCUAAGAGUGGACUGGAAACAGUUUUUGAAGUGUUUUAUGAUCAUAUGAUGUUUAAAAAUCUACAAUGAAUACCUGUAAUCACCAUCAAAAUUGAGAAAUAAAUUAUUCAGACACUCUG